AUGGCCACUCCAAAACAACCCUUCUUCAACUUCAACAUAUUAAUCUUGUUUCUAUUCCUUGAAGCAUUGCAAGUUCAUUCUGUAUGCAGAAAUUUCUGCAACAAUGUUCCUAUAAAAUACCCUUUCGGCAUAGACGACGGCUGCGGCGCUCCACAGUUCCAGCACAUGUUGAAUUGCUCGACCGAUCUUUUUUUCAUCACCCCGUCAGGAAAUUACAAGGUCCAGUCAAUAGACUAUAACAAAAAAUCCAUGGUCAUUUUUGAUCCAGCUAUGUCUACUUGCUCAAUAUUACAACCCCAUCAUGACUUUGUAAUGACAGAUAUUCAAUCUGUCACAAUCCCUCCUUCGCCGGAUACCAUAUUUGUUCUCAUGAAUUGCUCCAUUGAUUCGCCUGUGCUAAACCAUUACAAGUCACUUUGCUUCAACUUUUCAGGCCACUCUUGUGACGAACUCUACGGCUCGUGUACUUCUUUCAAAUUGUUUCAUCUUCUGUCGAACAGCACUCCUCCGUGCUGUUUUACAUCGUACAAUACGGUGAAGUUCAUGAGCAUGAAUAUAUUGGAUUGCUCGCAUUACACUAGUGUGUAUAAUGUGGAUAGUUUGAAGGGGGUUGGACCGUUAGAUUGGCUUUAUGGAAUUAAACUGUCGUAUAGUGUCCCAGACACCGGUUGUGAACGAUGUGCAAAAUCUGGUGGGACGUGCGGUUAUGAUGUCGAAACUGAAGGGAUGGUCUGCAUUUGCUCAGCCUCCAACAAUGCUACCAUACAGUGUGGUCCAGGGAUUGAUACUCACGAUCCCAAGUCACGAAGGGUUCCAAUUCCUUUGUAUGCUCCUCAGCUAGUUCUAGCGCCUCCUGGAGGAUCUAGUGCUGGGAUCAUGAAUAUCUGGUGCUAA